AUGAUAGAGGCUGAUGAGGAGCAGGAGAGGCUGCUGGCCCAGAGGAAGGUCCCGGGUCUGCAGAGUCAGCUGGAGGAGUGCAAAAGCGCCCUCUGCCAGCUGCAGGGGCAGAAGAGCAAGCUGCACGCUGAGAACAAGAUGCUGGAGCAGAGCAUCGAGAGCACCCAGGAGAGCUACGAGGACGAGAUCCAGACCUACAACCAACAAAUUGAAUCUUUGAGGAAGGAGAUCGAAGAAGCCGAGAAGUCCCUGGAGAAGUUCACCAACGAGUGCCGGCACCUGGCCCUGUACCAGAGCUCUCUGGAGAACGAGCUGGAGCGCUACAAGAGGAUCAUCGAGAGCGAGGACAACAGGUGGGGGCAGUUUGGGGGGUGGUGGGGUGCUUGGCCUCACAGCAAGAGGGUCCAGCUGUGGUUGAAUUCAGCAAUAAUUGGCACUCCCAUUAACCUGAUCACCACUAAUUACCGCUACGCCCACACCCCCUCGUAUCUGAGUAGGGGGAGAGACAUCACCCAGGAUUUCCAGGACAUCACCAACAUCGAACCACGCCAGAAGAACCUUGCCAAGAAGGGCGUGAAGAGAAGCGAACUGAGCACCAGGGAUGUGAUCGACAGCGCUAAGGACGACAAAACAUCUGGAGAAGGCCACAUCAAAGAAACCAAGGUUGCAUCCACUGAAGGACCUCAAGGGAAGAAGGGAAAGGCCCAAAAAUCUGCAAAAGUGCCCAUUGACUUCUACACCAGUACGUGCUGGUGA